UAGUCUCUAGGUCUAGUUUGUUUGUUUAUUAGUGAAAGCUCAAAUCGGCCCACAGGCCGCUUUUUAAUUGAGGUCAUGAGAGAAGGGGUAGGGGUCAGACAAAAUAUAUAACAGAGGUACAAUUGACAUUAUUUCAAGUCCUAAUAAGUCUAUACACAUGAUUUACACAUACAUGGCACAAAAUGCUGCAUGAUUCGAGUCCGUUCGUUUUGGUUGUUUCUGUUACUGAGUCUCUUAAAGGAAGCCAGAGUUGGGGCUGUGCGUCCGGUCCGGUGGUAGACUGUUCCAGAUGUUGGGUCCACGGUAGGCCAGGGCUCUUCUGAAGGUCCCUCGCUGGGUUUUGGGACAACUAGUUUAUAGCUUGUGCUUUGUCUAAUGGUUCUUGUGAUCGUCUAGUUUACCAAUCUCCUAGUCUCCAGGUACCAGAACGUGCUUCAAAAUUGAUGUAGCUUACGGGGAAAUAGAUAGCUAAGCUUAAGAACAUUCCAUGACGCACUGGUCAUAAGAAAAAAAAGACUUGGCGUGUUUAGGUUAAUAUUACGUGCUGUAUUCCGAUUGGUAUAGAUGUCAUCGCUUGCCGUUCCCCGGUCGACCAAUCAGAAAACAACACGUACUAUGAUAUCAUCUACAACACAGACUAUUUCAAGGGUCUAAGGUGGUUCUUAAAAACAUUUUUGUGCUGUUCUUGGGGUUUAUUUCAUAUCACAGGUGAUUUUAGAAAUUGUUUGGUUAAUACGUUAUUGUUCAAGAAUGAGCAAAGGUUUUACCUGUGGCAGUUUAUGCAGUUGUCAUUUUUAUGCUGCAUUCUAACGUUACCUCCCUGAAUAAAGAACCCUAUCUCUACAUCUUUUCUUGGCUAUACAACAAGUGAAGGUUAGCCAAUAGUAUUCACAGUGUAUACACUUUGUCUUAUGGUGCAACCUACUAGCAGACCGGAUAUGACAUCACCAUCCGCACCUUUCAGGUGUUUGUCUUUACCUGGAAAAACGGGUUUUUCUUUUCAAGAAGACACGUCAUUUGGAACCGAGUCGGCAGUGAGAAACAGUGUCACCAUGAAGACCGCGCUGUUCCUGGCCUUCCUGGCGGGCACACUGCUGUCUACCAGCGGGGAGAGCUCCCUUGGAGCCACCCAGGCUAAACUCCGCGCCUUACGGGAACAGGUUAGCCUGCUCGGGGAGAUCUUAGACCGUUCCGAGCGGGUGGUAGACAUGGUGGCCCGACAAGAGGGAGGCGGUGGUGGCGACGGCGAAACCCAGGGCUACAGUGGAGAAUCACCCGCAGUAAUAUUCGAGAAGUUCUUCUACGGCCUCAUGUCUCUGAUGGGGAAACUUAUCAAGGGAGAAGACUACACACCGAAGCUCCUUUCCCUGUCCAAGAUGUUGGAGGGUCUUCCGAAGAACUACAGUAAGGUCACGCACAACACGGAGCAAAAAGGGAACACUACCAUCAACACGACCACCACCAUAGAGAAGUCUCAGAGUGGCGGUAACAGCUACAGUUUCAGCAACGUCCAGACCAGCGUCAACGGUCCCAACCAGAAGUCUUUCUCCAGUGUGUUCCAAAAGGUGUUUGAGAGCUUGUCUAGUUCUACCAGUGGUGACAAAACCACCGAUGACAAAACCACCGAUGACAACACCGCCGGUGACAACCCACCCGCCGUUAACAACCCACCCGCCGGUAACAACCCACCCGCCGAUGACAACCCACCCGCCGGUAACAACCCACCCGCCGGGGACAACCCACCCGCCGGUAACAACCCACCCGCCGGGGACAACCCACCCGCCGGUAACAACCCACCCGCCGGUGACAACCCACCCGCCGGGAACAACCCACCCGCCGGUGACAACCCACCCGCCGGUGACAACCCACCCGCCGGUAACAACCCACCCGCCGGUGACAACCCACCCGCCGGGGACAACCCACCCGCCGAGAACAACCCACCCGCCGCCACUCCGACCUCGAAAGCUGCGGAUGAAGGCGCUAAGUCGGCCAGACACCUCCGACUCCAAGACCUGCUGGAGAUACUGCGCCAAGACAACGCUGAAGACCACAACUAGUCAGCCGUACUUGUAAUAUUUGUUGACGUACUUAGGCCUACGUCAUAAUUGGGCGGGUAUACCAUGGGUGGCUAUGUUUAGUUAAUUUCGAGGGACUAUUUUGAUAGUAGAUAUAGAAUAUCAUCACAUCUCACUGCACGUUGUCUUGGCGAGCCAAUUUGUAGUCCAAACUUUUGUUGGUUUAUAAGUUUCUUCUCACAAAGACAUAAUUAUAUUCAAGUACUUGAAUGGAUGUUGCCAAUAGCAAUCAUGUUCUUUCCUGGGGUAUUGUAUUAUCUGUUGACUUGAGGUUUAAAUCCAGAAAGGGUCACUACUGUUUACAGAUUAAUCUUUUCUGAAUAAAGUUGGUAUAUGAUCGGAA